AUGAGUGAUCACCAGGAUGGCAUGAAACUUGAAGAUAUUGAACGCCAAUUUUUGGACGUUGCUCAACGUGAAGGAGGUCUCGAAGCGAUUCAGCCGACCACUGGACCACUGGAAAAUGAAGAAAAUCUGAAAUCAUCGACUGGUGGUGGUGGUGGAGAGGAUGAUAAUGAUCGGAAAAAGAGAAAACGAUCGAGAAGUAGAGAUCGCGAUACGAGAAGACGCUCGAGAAGUCGUGAUCGUGGAGAACGUCGUGGUGGUGGAGGUGGAGGUGAUCGUGAUCGUUCUCGAUCCCGUGAACGUCGUCGAGGCGGUGGUGGUCGUGAUGAGCCGAGACGUCGUGGAGGUGAUGAUGAAGCCCGUUCGCGCCGUGAGCCGGAGCCCCAGAAGCCUCGUGAGCCCAAAAAGUACCGAUUCUGGGAUGUUCCGCCGACUGGAUUCGAGACAACUACACCGAUGGAGUACAAGAAUAUGCAGGCGGCUGGACAGGUUCCACGUGGAUCUGUACAGUCUGCAGUGCCCGUUGUUGGCCCAUCAGUGACUUGUCAAUCACGUCGUCUCUACGUUGGAAAUAUUCCGUUCGGAUGCAAUGAAGAAGCUAUGCUCGACUUUUUCAAUCAACAAAUGCACCUCUGUGGAUUGGCUCAAGCGCCUGGAAAUCCGAUUCUUCUGUGCCAAAUAAAUUUGGACAAAAAUUUCGCAUUCAUAGAAUUCCGUUCAAUAGACGAAACGACGGCCGGAAUGGCAUUUGACGGAAUCAAUUUCAUGGGACAACAGUUGAAAGUUCGACGUCCAAGAGACUAUCAACCAUCUCAAAAUACGUUUGAUAUGAACUCUCGUAUGCCUGUUUCAACGAUUGUCGUCGAUUCGGCCAAUAAGAUCUUUAUCGGUGGUCUGCCCAACUAUUUGACUGAGGAUCAGGUAAAAGAGCUUUUGUGCUCAUUUGGACCGCUUAAGGCGUUCUCGUUGAACGUUGAUUCGCAAGGAAAUAGCAAAGGAUACGCGUUCGCCGAAUAUUUGGACCCAACUCUCACUGAUCAGGCCAUCGCCGGGCUCAACGGUAUGCAACUCGGCGACAAGCAGCUCGUCGUUCAACUUGCCUGUGCUAAUCAACAACGUCAUAACACAAAUCUGCCGAACUCUGCGUCAGCAAUUGCCGGAAUUGAUCUCUCCCAAGGAGCCGGCCGAGCCACUGAGAUCCUUUGUCUCAUGAAUAUGGUGACUGAGGAUGAGCUGAAAGCUGAUGAUGAGUACGAAGAGAUUCUGGAGGAUGUACGCGAUGAAUGCUCAAAAUAUGGAAUUGUUCGCUCGUUGGAAAUUCCAAGACCGUAUGAGGAUCAUCCGGUUCCAGGUGUUGGGAAGGUUUUCGUCGAAUUCGCCUCCACAUCCGACUGUCAACGUGCUCAGGCUGCUCUGACCGGACGAAAAUUCGCGAAUCGCACCGUCGUCACCUCCUACUAUGACGUCGACAAGUACCACAAUCGUCAAUUCUAAUUUUCCCCCCAUUUUCCACUGAAAAUUGCAAUUUUUAAACCCCCAAAUUUUUCGAAUUUUCCCCGCCUAAAAAUCGAUCGAUAUUUUAAAUUUAAUCCCUAUUAUUUUCUCUUUUUUUUUCGUCUAAAAUUUUUUCCAAUGUAUUACCUUUAUUUAUCCAUCUCCUCCUCCUCCUAUUUUAUUCCAUCUCAUUCGAAAAUUAUUUACAUAAAUUUCUGACGAAU